GUAUAUGACGUAGAGAAAGGUCUUGAAGUCAUUGACGCUUUACAUAAUAAUCCGUGUACUGCCGUUCCGGUAGUACUCAAACGACUUCGGCAAAAAGAUGAAGAAUGGAAACGAGCGAGAAGAGAAUGGAAUAAAAUAUGGAGAGAGAUUGAUGCCAAGAAUUAUUACAAAUCUCUGGACCAUCAAGGAAUAACAUUCAAAAAUGAUGAUAAAAAGGCCUUAACGCCUAAAUAUUUAGUUGCCGAAAUCGAAAAUCUCCGCCGCGAGCCUUCUGAUGAAGGUGAGCCUGCUGAAUAUCAGUUCAAAUUCAUUUUUAAAGACUUAGAGGUCUUCAAGGAUGUGGCUCGCAUUCUAUUCGGUUAUAUGGAUCGAUCAUUAACGGUAGCACCGAGCGAUCGUGAAAAGAUCGAACGUUUUUUUAAGACUUUUGUACCAAGCUUUUUUGACCUUUCACCAACUAUGUUUGAUGGCAUAAACCAUGAAGAUUCUGCUAUGUUAGUUGAUAAUGAGGAAACAUCGACCAACAUAUCAACUGAUAAUAUUGAUGGGGAACCUUUAAAUACGGAGCCAAUAAGUGGAAUGUGGAUUCAAGUUUCAAAAGAAUCUCGUGAAAAUAUUCGAGCCGUUGUUGCUAAUGCUGGAAAUGCGAAACAGAAAAAAAAGUCAACCCGUCUCGAAACGAUGAAGGAAAGUGCGCAAGAGAUUUCAUCAUCAACAUCUCAAGUUAGGGGACCAAGUGCUGUAGCCACUGAAUUAGGUCUCCUACCAGAUCGUAUUGAUCCCGAUGUUGACAUGGAUUUGAACAGAGGCGAUCCAUAUGCUGUUAUGUUAGAAUUAAUUGAAAAACAAUUUGAUGGAGAUAUGGAAUUGUCGGUUUUUGAGGAAUGCCUUCGAUAUAUAUAUGGCACAAAAGCAUACAUAAUGUUUACUGUGGAUAAACUUGUCCAAAAUAUGACUAAACAAAUGCAAUUAUUAGUGUCAGAUACAAAGUCGAAUACAUUGAUCAACCUGUUUGAAGAUAAUAAAAAAAGACACGACCAAUCAAGCGUUCGAUCUCAUAUAAUGUAUCAAUUACACGCUAAUAGUACUAUUGGAUAUGAUGAGCCAACAUAUCGAAUGGAUUAUGAUAAGGAUGAGCGAGCUCUGACGAUAUUGUUAUCAGGGCGUGAUUAUACAUUGGGUAAUGCAGUUUCGUCUGAGGGUAAAUGGGCGUAUUACAUGUAUAGUUACAUGUCGUUGAACCCUACUGAAGGCGUGUCAGCGAAGACGGAGCGACCUUUCCUUAAAAGGAACUUACCAUCUGUCGAUGUUUCAGAGCAAAUAAUGUCCAAUGUAUUAACUCGAAAUGGUUUGGAAAUCAAAAUUUGUAUUAAUUCAUAUCACGUUUUCUUCGUUAACAAUACUGAAGAUAGUUUUAGAAGAUUGAAUUCUGCAGUACCAACGUCAAAGUUAAAGGAAGAUACUGCUAAACGUAAAAAAACUUGGCUACGUUGGAUAGAUUCAAAUAAUAGCGAUCAGAUGGAAAUGUAA